ACUUUAAAGACUUUAUUUUACAGAUCUGAUUGGUGGAUCGUUUGCGUUUAAGUUGCAAUGUCAACCAUUCCGAUGGCACAUGAAGGCAGCAGCCAUGGAAUCCUAAUUGGAGGCAGAUUUUCAGCGCGAGGGCGAGGAGUGGCUUCUUCAACUUUUGCUUCCCGAGACAGCAGCGUCAUCUUCCUCCCAUAUGGACGAGUGAGUAGUUUAUUAGCUAAACAACUAGGCGAAAUAUUUGUUAAGAAGUUUUUAAGUCGCUGGAACUAUUUUCUGAAGCUGAUACCAUGUUUGUGGUGUAUUCGCGUACUUCAGUUUGAGAUCCCACUUCCCUGCAGGAUGGAGUCAUCAUGUCUGGACCUGGCUCUGGAAGGUGAGCGGCUCUGUAAGGCUGGUGACUAUCGUGCCGGCGUGUCCUUCUUUGAGUCUGCCAUCCAGGUUGGAACAGAGGACCUUCAAAUCCUCAGCGCCAUCUACAGCCAGUUGGGCAAUGCCUACUUUCACCUGCAAGAGUACAACAAAGCCCUAGAGUACCAUCGGCAUGACCUCACACUUACUAGAACAAUUGGAGAUGAACUUGGUGAGGCAAAGGCCAGUGGCAACCUUGGGAACACAUUAAAGCUUUUAGGGCGGUAUGAUGAAGCAGUGGUUUGUUGCCAAAGACAUUUGGAAAUCACCAGAGCCAUGUAUGACAAGGUUGGGCAGGCUCGAGCACUGUAUAAUUUCGGGAACGUUUACCACGCCAAGGGCAAAAGCAUCUGCUGGACUGGAGCCGAGCCAGGAGAGUUCCCAGAGGAGGCCCGGAUAGCCCUGAGGAAAGCUGCACAGUACUAUGAAGCAAACCUGUGCCUGGUGAAGGAGUUAGGUGAUCGGGCAGCCCAGGGUCGCACCCAUGGUAACCUUGGCAACACUUACUAUCUGCUGGGUGACUUUGACACUGCAGCAGCUGCACACGAAAAGCGGCUGCUCAUCGCUAAAGAGUUUGGGGAUAAGUCUGCUGAGAGGAGGGCCCACUGUAACCUUGGCAAUGCUCACAUAUUCCUCAGCCAGUUUGAAGUGGCGGCUGGUCAUUACAAGAGAACUCUGCAGCUGGCCAGGCUUUUGAAGGACAAAGCAGUGGAGGCCCAGGCCUGUUACAGUCUAGGCAACACCUACACACUACUGCAGGACUAUGAGAGAGCCAUUGAUUACCAUCUCAAACAUCUGGUCAUUGCUCAGGACCUCAAUGACAGGGUGGGUGAAGGACGAGCGUACUGGAGUCUAGGAAAUGCUCACACUGCCCUGGGGAAUCAUCAGCAAGCAAUGUACUUUGCUGAGAAACAUCUGGAAAUUGCCAAAGAGACGGGAGACAAAAGCGGUGAGAUGACAGCCACGAUGAACUUGUCAGACCUACGGCUGGUCGUAGGCCUGAAGUCCAACUCCAACAUCCACCCCAACAUCUUCCGCAACACCAACACCAACAGCUCUGCUCUCCCAGCAGGCUACCAGGGUUACCCCAGCCUCCAAGGGGUCAAGUCUCAACCAAGGAUAAGAGAGAGUGCAGAGACUGGACUGAUUCCAAGUCCUGACAAAACUCAAACUGGGGAUUCAUCGGCUCAUCCAGACUGGGGAGAGGAUGUAUUCCCCGUGUCUUCAAAAAACAACACAAUCAAGGCUUCUACUAAGCUCUUCCUCUUCCAACGGCUGAAAAGCAAGAAGCAGAAGAACAAGCAUGAGCCUUCAGCUCCUGAGCAGGAGGCACCAUUGUCUCCUAAGCCAGGAUCACGGGACACCAUUGGAGAGGAUGGCUUUUUCGACCUCCUCUCUCGUUUCCAGGGCAACAGGAUGGACGACCAAAGGUGCUCCCUACUGGAUGACCAGAGCCAUCUCACUGCUCAUUCCUCUCCCUCCUCCACCCCACCUGUAGCUGAAAGUAAAUCUAUUUUGGAGUGCGAAACGCCGUUUCAGGAUCCUGGUCAUUUCCUGGAGCUGCUGGCCAGCUCCCAGGCCCGUCGUCUGGACGACCAACGAGUCAGCCCGAGCCAUUUUCCUGGCUUACGUCUCAACACCUCCAACCCGCCUCGUACACCCUCCACCUCCAGCACAGAUCAAGUCCCCCCACAAGCCCCGAUCUCCAGUACAGAUACCUCUCACACACCCUCCCUCUACAGUCGCCUCGAGGCAAGCGCUGAGCAGCCUGACGGGGACGAUGUUUUCUUCGACAUUCUAGUAAAGUGCCAGGGCUCCCGACUGAACGACCAGAGGUGUGCUGCUCCACCUUCUAAAACCAAAGGACCAACUGUUCCGGAUGAGGAUUUCUUCAGUCUCAUCAUGCGUUCCCAAUCCAACAGGAUGGAGGAGCAGCGAGUCCUGCCGCCUCCUGGCGUCACCCAAUCCAAACCAGACUGACUCCAUUACCCCUCCCACACCAAAGGAUCAACCAGGGUUGACUUUGUGCUUGAAAGGAUUAACCCGCGUUGACCGACUCGGUUUUGUGACCCAGGUCAAGAAGUGGGUCGGACACGGGUCGAUUUCAAUGUGAAUUGCACAAGACCAGGGUCCCUAACAAAGGGGUGGGACAAAUGAUGUAAUUGGUUGAAGACGGGAGGUGCAGUCGCCAAGGUCGCUGCACACUUUGAGAAUUUUUUUUUUUUUUUCACUUGAACUGAGAGCGUCUGUCUCCACAAAGUCAUCUGUAGAGUGUUUGAUGGUUAUUUAUUUGUGCUUUAGAACGUAAUCUCUGUGGAACAACCUCUUAUUCACGGGUCCGUUCCGCUCUCUAUUCACCCGAGCUGCAGUUCAAUCUGCAGGCUGCAGAGAGCCAACAAUGAGGAAUUCAAUGACAUAACGCAAGUUCUGGUGGUGGACUAGACUGGAGUAUGUAACAACGUUAGCUGUUCACUAAAAUAGGACCUCUUACCCCCCCCCCAGCACAGGAGGUACUGUAAUUGGUAUGCAUCACUUCCAGGUUGUGAUCCGGGUCCUAUCUGAAUUGUCAUGACCAGGGAUCCACCCUUGUUGACCGGCUUGGUUUGCAUUUUUAAAAGAAGGGUUGAACAUGGGUCCGAUAACCCUGGUCAUUGGUGUGAAAUAGGCACAUGAGUCAUUUUUUCACUCCGAAUACAAGAUUAAGUAACCAGGCUUCCAUUUUUCAUCAAUCAGGGUUUUAUAGGUUAGGUUUUUUUAUACUUUAAUUCCUGCCUUUUGGUAUUGUCCUGACGACGUUCCUGCAAGAAUACAAGGGGCACCAAGGGACACUAUUGGGAAACAUCUCAAACAGUACUGGUCAUUGUGACUGUAAAAUGGGAAAUUUUAGGUUUUUUUAGGACUUGUUUUUAGAUAGCCAACAGCGUCUCUGGGUUGCCACCUUGUUUGUAGCGCCCCCUGCUGCCUGUUUUACUCAGAGAGCUCUGCACCAGUGACGUCUGCCUACUCUGGAGGCUUGCAUCAAGCCACUCAAACAAACUGUGGGUUGUGGUGUUUCGAGUAGUUUGUACUGUAUCCAAGGACAUAAGCCAAACCAAAGGGAUUUCUGCUUUAUGAUGGACAAAAGAGACAUAUGAACCUAUCUCAAGCAAUUAAGCAAACUGGAACAUUGCACGGCUUGUUCUGCCUAUUUCUGAUUUCAGCAAGUCUUUAAGAUUGGUACAUCUCGGUUUGAAUUGAUCUCAGACCUCUCCAACAAUAACUCAAAUGACAAAUCCUCUCUGGGGAAAUAAAGGUCUACUGCUACUACUGCAGUGGUGGCUAGUGGAGCCAAUUAUAGCAUCUGUUCCCCGAUAUUGCUUUUAUAAAGUCUUAAAGUAUGUCAGUUUUAUAUUAUUAAGGGUUGUAUAGAGUUAUUAUUGAAAUGGGCAUUUUCUUUGUAACACGAUUUUACUGAUUACUAACGAUUAACUGUAGUGUGAGGGGAAAAAAGAAAUGUUAUGUUAGAUUUUGUAUUGAAUCUUCUCCUGACAAUGGAGAAAUAAAAUCUCACAAUUUUA